AUUGGGAAAAUCAACUCCGGAAGGGGAAUAAAAAAUAAAGGACAUUCAUUCUCCCCUAAAAAGAUUCACAUUGUAAGGCUGGCAGUUCCGGUUGCACCGAUUUCAGAAGACAGUGCUGAGUACCGGAAACAAUUAGCCGAUAGAUAUGGCUUCAGGCAAAUUGGAGAACCUCUUCCUGAAAAUGUUACGCCCAAGGAUGUUAUUGAUUCACUUCCCAGGAAGGUUUUUGAGAUCAACGAUGGGAAAGCCUGGACUUCAGUUUUGAUAUCUGUUACUUCCUAUGCAUUGGGGUUGUUCAUGAUUUCAAAAGCCCCAUGGUACCUACUCCCUUUGGCGUGGGCAUGGACAGGAACUGCUGUUACUGGGUUCUUUGUUAUAGGGCAUGAUUGUGCUCACAAGUCAUUUGCGAAGAACAAAUUAGUGGAAGAUAUAGUGGGAACGCUGGCAUUCCUACCGUUGAUAUAUCCUAACGAGCCAUGGAGGUUUAAGCACGACCGACAUCAUGCAAAAACUAACAUGUUGUCUGAAGACACAGCUUGGCAUCCUAUUUGGAAAGAGGAGUUUGACUCUUCACCUCUUCUGCGCAAGGCAAUUAUAUAUGGAUAUGGCCCAAUUCGUCCUUGGAUGUCUAUAGCUCAUUGGUUGAUAUGGCACUUCGACUUGAACAAGUUCAGACCAAAUGAAGUCAAAAGGGUGGAGAUCAGUUUGGCUUGCGUUUUUGCUUUUAUGGGGAUCGGGUGGCCAUUGAUCAUUUACAAGGCUGGCAUUUUGGGGUGGAUUAAGUUCUGGUUGAUGCCAUGGCUGGGCUAUCACUUUUGGAUGAGUACUUUCACAAUGGUCCAUCACACGGCACCUCCUAUUCCUUUCAAAUCUUCCAAUGAGUGGAAUGCUGCUCAAGCCCAGCUGAAUGGAACCGUCCACUGCGAUUAUCCUAAAUGGAUCGAAAUUCUAUGCCAUUAUAUAAAUGUCCACAUACCCCAUCAUAUAUCACCAAGGUUUCCGAGUUACAACUUGCGUGUGGCUCACAAGUCUAUAGAAGAAAACUGGGGAAAGGUUGCUGAGGGCGGACGACGAACCAGCCAGAGGCCGGUGACGGUCACGGCGACCGUCGUCGGUAGGUCACGCGACCUUCGGCGGGUAUUUAGGCUGCGCGAUUCGGUCGCGCGACCUUGCGAAGAACCCAGGCGCGACCUCAUGGUGACCCUAAGCGUGACCCAGAUCUGGGUUGCCGAAGGUCGUGCGACCUCGCGGCGACCAGAUCCGGGUCGCGCCGGCGCCCCUCCGGCCGCGACCUCGCGGAGACCUAGGUCUGGUCGCUGCGAGGUCGCGCGACCUCCGGCGGACCCAGAUCUAGUUGCCGCGAGGUCGCGCGACCUCCGGUCGAACCUCCUCCUCCGCUUCUCCAUUUCUCUCCCCUCAAAGCUUCACCGCCGAUUCUCGGCCCAUUCCGAUUCUCCAACCAUGCUCCUCCGUGCCGCCCCUGCUUUUUCGCUCCUCGGCCCCGCCGGCGACAGCCUCUCCUCGCCGUUGUCGUCUUCCCCCGUGGGGGCGAAUCCGGCGGCGCUUCGGUUCUUGAGCAGCGGGCACGAAGGCUCCCUGGUGGUCGGCGUGAGCGAGGAGUCGAACAGCCCGCCACUCACCGGCGUCAUGUUCCAGCCCUUCGAGGAGGUGAAAGAAGGAGCUUGA